AUGACGGUCAGAGAUGCUCUAAAUUCUGCAAUUGAUGAGGAAAUGUCUGCUGAUCCUAAAGUUUUUGUCAUGGGUGAAGAGGUUGGGCAAUAUCAGGGUGCCUACAAGAUCACGAAAGGUCUUCUGGAGAAAUAUGGUCCUGAGAGAGUUUACGAUACACCUAUUACCGAGGCUGGAUUUACUGGAAUUGGAGUUGGUGCUGCCUACGCUGGGUUAAAGCCUGUUGUAGAAUUUAUGACGUUUAACUUCUCUAUGCAGGCAAUUGAUCAUAUCAUAAACUCUGCUGCAAAGUCAAAUUACAUGUCUGCUGGACAGAUAAAUGUACCUAUCGUUUUUAGAGGACCAAAUGGUGCUGCUGCUGGUGUUGGGGCUCAGCAUUCUCAGUGCUAUGCAGCAUGGUACGCCUCAGUUCCUGGCUUGAAAGUUCUUGCUCCAUAUUCAGCUGAAGAUGCUCGUGGUCUUCUUAAAGCUGCCAUUAGAGACCCUGACCCUGUUGUCUUCCUUGAGAACGAGUUGCUAUAUGGUGAAUCGUUCCCAAUUUCAGAAGAAGCACUUGAUUCAAGUUUCUGUCUUCCUAUAGGCAAAGCCAAGAUUGAACGAGAAGGAAAGGAUGUAACGAUAACAACGUUCUCAAAGAUGGUCGGUUUUGCCCUCAAGGCAGCUGAGAAGCUUGCCGAAGAGGGAAUUAGUGCUGAGGUAAUUAAUCUUCGGUCAAUCCGUCCGCUUGACAGAGCAACCAUCAAUGCAUCAGUGAGGAAAACAAGUAGAUUGGUAACAGUUGAAGAAGGUUUCCCUCAGCAUGGAGUCUGUGCAGAAAUCUGUGCGUCGGUUGUAGAAGAGAGCUUUUCGUACUUGGAUGCACCAGUGGAGAGGAUCGCAGGAGCUGAUGUUCCAAUGCCUUAUGCAGCUAACCUUGAGAGAUUGGCUCUUCCUCAGUGA